UCAAAUCUGACAGUCGCUGCAGAGUUGCGUUGGAUCGACGAGUAUAACCUUUAUUUAACAACAAAAUCACAUUUCAGAUAGGCAGAACAACUUUUUUAUGCUGUUCGUUGAUUGAUAUUUGACCUAUAAAGAUACUAUUACUCUAGCAAGAUGAACGCAGUGUUGAAAGAUAUAAUAGCGAAGAAGAGGAAAGAACUUGUGGACAAACAUUUAAUCCAAGAAAAGAAAAAGUAUUUCAAAAGAGCUGAAUUAUUAGAAAAAGAAUCCAGUGAAUCAAGUGAAACAAAUAGUGGAAGUACAAACACAGAUGGAAAUAGAGGAUCUAUGGAUGCUGAAAAAUCAAUGAUCGAUAGUGCACAAACUUUGUCAAGAGUAGAAGUGAUUCGAAAGUUAAGAGAAAGAAGUCAGCCGAUUCUACUUUUUGGAGAAUCUGAAAUUGACUCUUUCAAGAGAUUGAGAAGGGUUGAGAUACUUGAACCAGAAGUUAACAAGGGCUUACGUAAUGAUUUCCAAGAAGCUAUGGACAAAGUAGAUCAAGCUUACUUGAAUGAACUUCUUGAAUCGUCUAAACCCCAAGAGCAACAGAAGAAAGAUGUAUAUAAGUUAGAACAAGAAAUUACAUACGAGGAUAUACAGAUGAUGGCAGCUGAUCUCGAGAAAAGAGGCAGAGAAACUGAUAUGCACAUUAUCACUACGUUCUUACAGUUUCUAGUGAAAACCUGGGGUGAGCAUUUAAACAGUCGAUCAGGAGUAGAAAAAAUGGGUACAAGGGGUAAAAUGGAAGGUGCUGUUUUUGCUCAAACUAAAGAAUAUUUGAAACCUCUUCUCAGGAAAUUGAAGAACAAGUCAUUGCCGGAAGACAUUACAGAUAGCUUAACAGAAAUUGUUAAACAUUUACUAGAAAGAAAUUAUAUUUUGGCAAGUGAUGCUUAUCUCCAAAUGGCAAUUGGAAACUCACCUUGGCCUAUUGGAGUAACUAUGGUUGGUAUCCAUGCGCGUACGGGAAGAGAAAAAAUUUUCUCGAAAAAUGUGGCACAUGUGAUGAACGACGAGACACAACGGAAAUACAUUCAAGCUCUCAAAAGACUUAUGACAAAGUGUCAAGAAUACUAUCCUACGGAUCCAUCGCGGUGUGUCGAAUAUAUGAAACCGUAAUAUAUUUGGUAUUCAAUGACCAAUAAUUUAUUUUAUAAAGUGUUGACGUGUAAAUAAUUAAUUUGAAAAAUGUAAGAUAAAUUUGUUCUGUAAGUUUGUUCUGGAAACAAUUAAAAUUGAACCAAAAAAAAGAAAAUGUAAGUAGUUAUGAAAUCAUAUUUCAAAUCUCUACUGCAUUUAUCCGAUUAUCAUGUACAAAUCUAAUAAAAUAACUCAGUUUACAUGGACGAAUGUAAAUUCGAUAA